AUGAGCAACAAUCAGAUGCAUUUGCACAGCGAGAACUUCGAUCUCUGCAGACUCUGUCUGAUGGAACCGGAAUCGAACAGACACGUCAAGUUUAUACACAUUUUCACGCCUAGCGAUGGAGAAAUGAAUAUGAAUCAACUGAUGAUAGACCUAUUAGGAAUCGAAGUGGAGAAGGACGAUAUAAAACCAAAAAUGAUUUGCGAAAAAUGUCAUCGUUUAAUAGUAGACUUUAUUGAACUGAAGAAGAAAGCGGCUGAAUCUCAAAUUGUUAUCAAUUACAUUGCUGCGAAAAAAUUUGGAGGUGUUACUAUUCCUGGAACAUCCAAUGCAUCGUAUUCAACACCGGAUUCAAGGAAUAAAGAAGUGGCUACUCAGAAGAAAUCAUCUUCAUUCACAAAUUCUCGAUCAAUAUCAAAAAAUGGAAAUGAAAAUAAUUACAAUAUAAAUGGUUGCAGUAGUAGUAGUAUUAAAAGUAAUAAUAAACAAGGUGAUUCUAGUCGCUCAUUUAUUACAAAUCAAUCAAAAUCAGUAUAUGUUGAUAGUGAAUCAGAUGAUGAAGAUCCAUCUUGUUCAGUAGUAAAAGACCCAGUUGAAAUUGUUGAUUUAUUAUCAUCAGACGGUGAAGAACCUUGUAAAAGUAGUUUCAAAAAUGAAUCUAUAAAUGAAGCUGAAAAAUUGUACUACUGUUCCAUCUGUCAAAAGAAGAAUAUUUUGAACCAUGAUUGUUCUCAAAACAAUAAAUCUUUCUUUACUUGCUUGGUGCCUAAUUGUAACAUUCUGUCAAGAUCAAAAAAAGAUUUUACACCACAUUAUCGACGACAUAUUGGUUUAUCUUCACAUGCAGUUAUGUGUCGUCGUUGUUAUCAAGAAAUAAAAAAAACUGACCGCGAUGCCAGUGGUCAUUAUCACAUUCGCUGCCGUACUGUAAACUUAUUUAAAUGUUAUUCAUGUAGUGUUAUAUUUAACAGUAUGGAAGAAUUUGCUUAUCACAAAUUAAAAUCACAUAAUGGCCGAUUGAUGAACUGUUUUGGUAAUUAUUUAUGUUUUCAUUGUGAAAAAUCAGCUCCAGAUCUAACAACAAUUAUUGAGCACACUAAACAUUGUCUAGAAAAUCAGGCAAACAAUAUAACUGAGUACGGUAUGAAACUAAAAGAACCUACAGAAAAUGAAACUGAUUUAUUACCGGUUAAGAAAAGUCCUUUGAAGAAUGUACUGGAACGUAAAAGAGGAAACAUGAAAAAGAUUCCACGUUCGUCGACACAUAUACUUUUUACUUGUUUAAAACCUUCAUGCAAUCUCAUCUUCCAAAACUUUAAUGUUUUUAAAUUUCAUCAUCGUGAACAUUUUGAAUUAGGGAAUACAUUGAUGUGUUGGCAAUGUUGUGUGCCAUUUUCUUCUUUAAAUAAUCUUAGAGGACAUCAAGUAAAAGGUAACUGUCGUAUUCCUGGCAUGUUCAAAUGUUAUGAAUGCUCUGAACAAUUUGAUGAUCUUCAAAGUUUGAGUAUUCAUAAAUUUACCUUGCAUGACGGUGAUUUAAUAUCAAAUAAAAAAAAUAAUAAGAAUCUUAUUUGUGCAUAUUGUCAUAAAGGAAUUCUUAUUCAUAACUUCAAAUCUCAUUUGAUCGCAUGUCAAUACAAUAACGUGGAAACAAAUUCAAAAAUAAUACCUAAAUCUAAAACUACCUAUAUUAAAAAGUAUAAAGGUCCUUAUAAAUGUAUGAUUUGUAAUAAAGUGUGUCUUACAGCCGCAGCUUUAUCAAGUCAUGUAAAGAUUCACAAUCCAUCUCCACCAAAAAAAAUUGUGAAAGAAAGAAUGAGUAAUACAUCUUUAAGAACUGAUGCGGAUUAUGGAUUGGGUAAUCUGAGUGGUCCAAAUGUAAAAGCUGAAUAUCUUGAAAUGGUCAACACUUGUAAACGAGAACCUGAAGAACCAAAUGAAAAUAGUACUGCUCACUUUGAUGAAGAAAUUGAAUCCAUCAUUGAAAUGGCCACCGCUGAUGAAAAUAAUGAAAUAGAUGCUGAAAUGACUACAUUAUCCGAUCAUUAUCUAAGUAAUGAAACAACAGAAUCUGUUAAUUAUGACGCAUACACAAUUAAAUGUACUAAUUGUCCAAGAAAAUUUAAAUCAAACUCAGGAUUGGCAAGACAUUGGCAAUUUUGUGAUCAGCAAAAUCCUUCGAAAACUAAACCUCAAAGAUAUUAUUGUACUAAAUGUAAAAAAUAUUUUACACGCUUAACGUUUUUUCAACAUUGGAGAGUAUAUCAUGGAAAGAGACUUCCGUAUCAUAAAUACAGACGGUAUUCUUGUAAACAAUGUCCCUUUAAAUUUAUGUACCAUAUAGCAUUAAUAAUGCAUAUUGAACAUGAGCAUGGUGUAAAAGAUGAUACUGUAGCUGUUACAUCUAAUGCAACUCCUAUUAAUUGUGAAGUAGUGUUACCAAUUAUAUCUGGUUCAACAUCAUUGGCCAACAAUAUCUUUGAAACAACAUCAAUAGCUAACAAUAUCCCUGAAACAACAUCAAUGGCUAGCAGUAUUCAAGAAACAACAUCAAAAGUCAACAAUAUUCCUGAAACAACAUCAAUAGCUAACAAUAUCCCUGAAACAACAUCUAUGGCUAGCAGUAUUUAUGAAACAACAUCAAAAGUCAACAAUAUUCCUGCACCAGCAACAACAUCAUUGUCCAACAAUAUCCUUGAAACAACAUUAAUGGCCCACAAUAUUCCUAAAACUACAUCAUUGUCUAACAAUGUCCUUGAAACAACAUUAAUGGCCCAAAAUAUUCCUAAAACUACAUCAUUGUCCAGCAAUAUCCUUGAAACAACAUUAAUGGCCCACAAUAUUCCUAAAACUACAUCAUUGGCCAACAAUAUCUUUGAAACAACAUCAAUGGCUAACAAUAUUCCUGAAACAAUUACGGAAAAUAAUAAGGAACACAAUGGACACAUUAAACAAAAAGAAAAUGCAAAUACAUUAUCAGAUCAAUGGGAAUUGUCUGAUAACAAAAUUAAAGAAAAUAUAACAGAACAUAAUACAAAUGAAAGAAAUAAUGAAAUCAUUGACAUAAGUAAUAAUAAUGAUGAUGGAGAAAAUCAAACUGAUGUUUACACUGCUCAAAGUAUAAAUCAAAUUAUAGAUCAAUUGAAUGAUAGUGAAACAAUUGAUCUCCUUGAUGAUGAAGAUACAAUGGUAGUUGAGCAUGCAUACUCAAUGAAUGUUUCAGAAAGUGCCAACAAUUAUAUUGACAAAACAACCACUAAAAUAGACAAAAAUGAAACAAAUAUAUCUUCUGUUGUAGAAGAAGAGAAGAAAAAUUGUUCUGGCGGUGAAUUGGUUGCAUUAAACAAUACUGAAAAUGUUAAUCAUGUAAAUGAAAACAAAAUCAAUAACUCAGUUCAAGCAGUCCCUUCUUCAAAUGAAUAA